AUGUCGCCCUCGUCCACCUCCACAUCGCCAGCAUCCAAAGAGUUCCACUCGCCCUUGGCCUCACCACACCCCCUCUGUGACCACCCAGAGUCCAACAUCUUCGAGAGGUCUGUCCAGGAGCCCGUGAUGUUGCCACAGCCUCUGCACCCUCUGCAGGGCCUGGGCAGCUCCAGCGGGUCCCACAGACGUCCCAGAUCCUACACGCACAACUCGUCGAUCUCGCUCCACUCAGGGCCCUUGUUGAAGAACGAGGACUACAUCCCUCCAGCGUUGGACGCCACCGCCCAGCUUCUCAGCGAUGGACACACCAACUUGGACGACGUGGAGAUGAUCUACUCCAACCGUCGUAACUCGUCGGUGAUUGGCCUCAACAUGGCCUUGGGCAGACCGUUCACACCUUCGCGCAAGAACUCCAGCUACUCCAUCAACCAGCUUAACCACCCCCCUCCAAUCAACACCAACCUUGCCUCCACCAACAAUAAUAACUCCACCCAGGUCCAGUCGCCCGUCUCCCCGCCCAAGUUGACCUCGUCCGCCUCGGCUCUCUCUUUCUAUAGCUACGCUGAUAUGAUCAGCAACGACGAGUUCGCCAGAAGACCCUCGUUCAAGGGCUCGUACUCGCAAGGAGUGAUACCCACCUUGAAGAACGGCAAGACCCCCGUCCCUCCCUCAUUCACAAAGCGUCCCUCCUUCACCAACCAUAGAAACCCCUCGACCUCGUCCCAACUAUCGAAGCAGAUCAACGAGGCUCCAGCCCCCAACCAGGCAGUAAGAUCCAGAUUCGGCAGCUUGAAGAGCUUGGGCAGAAAAGACUCGGUGUCGCAAAAGAACUCCGGGUCGCCAGGACCUUCCAACCUCAACAAGUUUCUUAUCUCCCCCGAGUCCUCUGACAGCGACGAACUAGACUACGUCAGCUUGAAGAACUCCAGGCGCAGCUCCAUCCAGGCUCCUGCCAGCAAGGACAGAAGAAAGUCGGUCAGCUCCACCACCUCCAGCACUUUUGGCCAGCCUCCCCAAUUUGCCAUGAACACAUUCAAUGAUAACGAAAGCUUGAUCUCGAGCUCGAUUGGUGAUUGCAUCCGGCAAUCCACCACCGAGAUCAAUGGCCACUAA